GCACACAACACAAGUGUCACGGAGCUGGGUAAACUAGCAAAGAGUAGAUGUGUGGAUUUCUCUCAGAACUUUCAUCGAACACCUAUCGAUCUCUAACCAAACGUGUCAAUCUACCAACUAACCACGUCGUCUUCAUCUCUUUCGUAAAUUCCUAAACCCAAAAUAUCAACAUCUUCUUCUUCUCGUCGUCCUCAUUCUUCUCAGAAUCCCAAAAAAAAAAGGAAUAACCAUGAAUCGUGUAUUAUCGUUUUCCAAACACUAUCACAGAGCAAUUCACCACCGUUGCGAAACCCAGCUCCAAACCGCAGGUCCCGUUGCCUCUCUCAUAAAAUCCCGCUCCGUCAUCCGAUUCCGAGGACCCGACACCAUCAAAUUCCUUCAGGGACUAUUGACCAACGAUGUACGCAAGUUUGGCGAACCUAUUGGCGAUAAAACCGCGAAUUUGCCUACACCCAAUGUUCCCGCCACCUCGGUUCCCCCUAUCUAUGCUGCGUUGUUAACCCCUCAAGGGAGAUUCCUCUAUGACCUCUUUCUCUAUAAACCGCCAAGCUCCGAUACUAAGCUUAAUAGGACGGGGACUGGACCUGCCUCCGAACCUGAUGAACCGUUUGAAUUGUUUGCUGAUGUUGAUGCUUCUGUUUUGGAUGAACUGUUGACAACCUUUACUAAAUACCGGUUGAGGUCGAAGGUUGAGAUUGAUAAUGUUGCUGGCGAAUUCUCGUGUUGGCAGCGUUAUGGUUCUGGGCCUCCUGAGAAGUCCUCGGAUGUAGAAGAACCAGAAGCAUCCUCGGUUGGGUGGGGUGCUGGUGAGGAUGGUGCUGCAAUGUCUUCUUCUCGUGGGGGUAAUCUUGGCUGGCAAUGGUUUAAGGAUCCCAGAUUGGCCUGUCUUGGUUUCAGAGGGAUCUUCCCAUCAAAUAUCAUUCCGCCUCUAAUUGAAGCUGACAAAGAGACUGAUGAACAGAAUUAUCUUAUGUGGAGAAUAGAGAAGGGAGUAGCAGAAGGAUCAACCGAGAUUCCAAAAGGUGAAGCAAUGCCGCUUGAGUAUAAUCUUGUAGGUCUUAAUGCAAUCAGCUUUGAUAAAGGUUGCUAUGUGGGACAAGAACUCAUAGCUCGUACGCACCAUAGAGGGGUGAUUCGGAAGCGUAUAGUUCCUCUAAGGUUUCAAGAUAAUGAUGGGAACGAAGUUGUAAACAAAGUCAUUCCUGGCUCAGAAGUAAUAAACACAGCAUCUGGUAAGAAAGCUGGUUUAGUGACUACCGCCAUGGGAUGUCACGGGUUGGGACUCUUGCGGUUAGAAGAAGCUUUCAAGGGAUCCGCUGCCUUGUCCAUUCAAGGACAAGAGGGCGUGAAGGUUGUCGCAAGUAAACCAGAUUGGUGGCCUUCUGAUUGGGUUCAAGAUAUUCAACAGCACACUGCUGUUGCAUAGGGUGCUCAAUGUCAUUCAAAAGACAAGUAUCUGAAAAUUUUGCUGGAUAGGGAAACUGUGACGGCAGCAGUUGUGGAUUUUCUUGCUGAGCGGGUUAUGAAAAUGACAGUUUGUCAUAUUCCUCCUUAGAAAUCUUAAUGUAGAUCAGUUUUGUUUUCUAACUUUGUACAAAACCCAGCAUUGCUGUCUCAGUUCAUUUUGCUUGAUGAGUAGUAUAAGCUGGAAAAAUAUGAUCAGUGUAAACCUAAUGUCACGGGAGACCUUCUGUACCAAAUGAUAAAAUUAUGAAUAAUGAAAGGCUAGAAAGUUGCUACGAA